GAAAUCUUUCCCUUGAACACCAGUUUACACUUUCAAACGAUCUCACCGACUUCUUUGUUCACCAUCACCAAGACCGUUUGAAUUGUCUCCCACUCUUUCCAUUGCCACACAUUUAAAAUUCAACUCAAGAAUCACACAUAUUCACAUCAAAAGUAUAAAGACUUCACUUCAAGGGCAAAAUAUCCUUUAGAACCCCAUUCUCUGAAGCUUUGAUUUAUCCCCUUGUCUUCAUAACUCAUUAUUAUCGCUGAACUAGCAAUCUUUCUCUCGUCGCUUCAUACACUCAGAACUUACUCCAUCAAAAUGACUGAUUCAACAAGCGUCAAAUCAUCUGACCCAUCAAGCAAACGCGCCGGAGAAGAAUCAGCUGCUGUUCCGGACGCGAAGAAAAACAAAUCAAUGGACUCCGAUGUCCCACCUCAAGGCGAGGGUGGAGACUUUGAUGAUGAUGAUGAAGACGACUUAGCCGAGAUCGAUGAGAGUAACAUCAUUAGUGGCGCCCGAACACGUGGAAAGAAGAUUGAUUUCACCAAGAUCGCCGACGAGGGUGUGGAUGAGGAUGACGAGGAUGAUGAGGAUGUUGUUGUGGGAGACGAGAGCAAAGACUUGGAGGAUGAUGAGGACAGUCAUGACGAGGAUGAAGACGAGGAAGCAGACGACAAAUGAGUUCCCUGUGCAAUCGCUUCUUACCUUCGGAUGUGUUAGAUUUGUCCAAAGUAAAGUUUCUUAACCACCAUAUUAUAGCGGAAUCGACCUUCUUUACCUUCUGCCUCAUCAUCCUUCCUCAUACCGAGAAGCUUUAUCUUUACCGUAGUCGGACUGGCCAUUAGUUAUAUCUGCCUCGCAGGGCUCCUUUGACCAUACCGUUCGCAUUAGCUUGCUUUUCACCCAAAAUAUUCACUGGGAUGAUUGUUCUAUCUCCAAUCAUAUUGUAUGUUCCCAUUGUAGGUUGGGACUGUAUGAACUAGGGAAUGAGAUCGUUACUGGACGGCAGAC